ACAGUAAACCAGUAAACUAUUGUUCACAAAAUGGCUAUCAAUCGGUAGCCAUUUUUCGUUACAUUUAACUUUCUUCAUUACAGAAUGGGUAUGAAUUGUAAGCCAUACAUUUUUAGAUAAGGUGAAAAAGCCUUUCUUAAUCUCAUAAUUAGAGGGAACCUAAUACACAGUGGGGGGCAUGUAAUAGAGAAUUCCAUUUGGAAAUAAAAAAAACCCUGGUGAGGAGAAAUUUUUAAAAAAAUAGACAAAAUGAAACAGUGGGGAACAUGUAAUACUUUUUUUUGGAUCCGAGAAAAUGGUUGCCUAAAGCAAAACAAAUUAAAAUAUAAAAAAGGGUGAAAGGUGAAUGUAAUAGACAACUAUAAAAUAGUAUUAUUGAAACGGGAGAACAAAUGGGAAAAAAAUAACAAAGCUUUUGCCAAAGGCAUAUUAAUACCCAAAUGUUAUCUUCUCUGAGACUCUGCUUGUCAUCAUAAAAAGAAAGGAAAGAGAAAAAGAUAAGAACAAACCAACUGUGACAGGAAAUCCUAUGAAGCAUGACAUCUACAAGAUACUGUCUUCCCUACUAAUUGAGUAUUUAAAAAAAUUAGAUAGAAAAAAGCACGAGGGAGCCAUCUGCAAGUGCUGUGUAUCGCCGCCAAUUAAGGCUGUUUGAACAGCUCUUUUCUUUUAAGAGAUAAUGGGAAAAGUGAGUGAGGGUUGUUAUCUUUGCCUGUCAUACGGAGGUUUCGGGUUUUUCAUUCGCUCUAUCUGUAAAGCAUUAGUUAUGGCUAUGACGCGCAGAAUCGCAUAUUUCAUUGACACAUAAUCUUAAUUUGCUCGAUGCUGCUGGAUUUGUGACGUAGUGGGCACGCGACACAUCACGGACAGAAAGAUGGACAAGUGCGAGAGCGGAGAGCACGAGUGACGAAAAUACAUGAGUCCUUGUCUUAACUUGAGUCGGCAACAAAGUCGUCGGUGAAACUUGGACCAGGCUGAGGACACGAACAUGGCAAGUCCAACUAUCCCCGGUUCCACAAGCAAUGAUUGGUUUCACAAUCUAACGGUGACAAAUAAUACAGCGACUGGCUCGCCGCCAUUUAAUCACUUUGAGCUACCUCUCAGUCUGAUGGCAAGCUUCGUAGUGGUGGGGAAUUCACUCGUCUGUACGCUCUACUGUCACUAUCGCAAACUCCGUACAAUAACUAACACAUUUGUGGUGAGUUUGGCGGUAUCGGACGUUCUCGUUGCUAUCGUGUUCGUUCCAUGUUUUCUCAUGAUGAGUUACGUGCCUGAAAUUGGUUUAAUCGUUCCAUAUGUUAUUGGGUAUAUUCUGUUCGCGUAUAUGUUCAACUUCUGUGGAGUUACGUACGACCGUUACCAGGCCAUAGUACACCCUCUCAGCUAUCACGCGAAAAUGACCCGUCGAACAGUGAAUAAGAUCCUGAUUCUGGUGUGGACGAUCCCUAUGGUUAUAACACUCGUACCUGCAUUCUGGUACUCACAGCCUCCAAAUAUUAAGAAACUCGCGAACCAAAUCAACCAAGGACUUUUGGUUUUUUCCAUCACUGCUAUUUCUGUAAUUAUUUGCAUGGCUUAUUGUAAAAUGUUUCGCGAGACAAGACAUCAAAUCCAAAAAAUGGCCGAGCUAAGAUUGGAAAGCCUUAGCAGACAGUCUUCACUUGGAGCAGGAAAACACAGAAGAAAACGACAGUUAAACAUCUCCGUCGAAGUCAAAGCUGCCAAAGUAUUUGCUGUUUUAAUAACGACAUUCGCAAUUUGCUGGUUCCCACUUAUUUUCAUCAACAUUAUUGAAGCGAUAGGAUAUGUGCAAAAAGUUCCACAGGCGCUUAAAGAUAUCUCACUUUUUACCCUAGUGGGGAAUUCAUUUCUUGACCCUCUUAUUUAUUCACUGUACAAAACGGAUUUCCGUAAUGCCGUGAGAAAGUUCUGCUGCUGUUGGAAACCACCGAAUCAACAAUACAGUACAAAUGGCGUGGAAUCUAGUUACAUUACUCGCGUAGAUUCAAGUCUCGAGCUCACUCCUCCCCAGGAGCAAUGUUGUUCUGGUCGGCGAAUUGAAGAACAAAAUGUUUGAUAGAUGCGUGGUGUUCUUUUUAAAGGCCUUUCAUAAUGGACGUAAGCGAAGACAGAGGCGAAUCGAAGACAUGAUGCCAACCGCGCGUGGGAAAAACGGUGGCAAGUUUAGAGGCAAGCGGAGAGGGAAGUGGAGAAGGAACCCUUCCUUUUCAACUUAAUCGCUUCUUACAUGCGUCUACUUCGCGCUAAUUCUAACACGCGUGUACAGGUGUAAGCUCUACUACCUACCUACCUACCCUUCCUAGUCCGUGUCCGUUUUCUUCGCUAAAGCCGCUCUAAAAACUGUCAACUCAGUGUUUUUCAAGUAUUUCAAGCAAACUAAAUUUCGAGUACUUCCAGCAAACAAGAGUUCAAGAAGUAAUCGACUGACACACGUGAUGAAUGAAAACCAUUUAUUCUCGGAAAAAGAACUGCUAAAUGAAAGUCAUCACCUUUCAGAUCGCAAAUAAGUCGUUAGACAUACGGGGAAACGACUAACUUGAAAUUUAGCACCUCUUGAAAAAGCAAGACGAUUACGAAGCUAAAAAAUCAUUCAUCGUCGGCUUUUCAAGAAGCUGCAAACAAUUCCGUGAAGCGUCACAGACAAAGCACUGAAUUUUCUUUGAGCUUUCAGUGAAUAAAAUUAGAAAAUGAUAAUAAACCCGCAGAUAAAAAAAUUACUGAGCUUCUAAUAUUGUUGCGGCUAAUCCUAAGACGGCCUUAUCUCGGUUCAAUGCGGAUGAGUUUGCAAGCAAGUGGCGCGGUGAGCAGAGUGUAAAGUAGCUGUCUUUUUUCGUUUUACGCACGUGAUUCUGUUUUUCGCAUUAGGCUAACCUAGUUACAUAUAGAUAGCGCAGAAUUGAGCCUUCAAGUCGAAGAAAUUGACGAGUUAGUAAGAUAAGACGUUUUAAUUGGAUUUAACUGAGAAUCUCUUUGUUUUCAUGCGCCUUUGAAAUAUUCUCUUUAAAAUCGUAAAGACGUAAAAAACACUCACAUGCAAGUUUCAAAUAAUAUUUCAUCUCGAGUCUGCUGGAGUUUCUAGCAUUGCGCCUUAUAUUUCCAUAUAAUAACAGCGUAAAAAAGUUUUUUGUCAAUAUGGCAAUUUGAAAAUGGUGUAUAGCUCUUCUUUUAGUAUACACACAUUAGCUUAAGGUUUCAAUUAAAGACGACAUUUAAAGUACAACGGUUUGAGUAUCUUAGACGAUCUUAAACGACGGAUGACAAACGAAAGCAAACACCUUGACACAGAAAUAGCGUAAUCCUCUCCGGUAGCAAACAAUAUGAAAGCCUCGCUGUCUCCUAGAUUGCCAAGUCUUUAUUUCAACAUCAUUUCACUAAUCCAAUACGUAUGUUUCUUCAUGGGAGAAAUGUUUGGCUUUCGUUUUGCUGCGGUACUUAUACACAAACGCGUUGUCAUGGGCCGAAAUCUUCAUAGCACUUAGGCUCUUCCAUGAAAUGCCUUUUCCAUUAGACAUCAAUGGUUUGUUCGCGGUUUUCUGAAAGACAUUGUUUUUGUGCACGUAAUAAGGGCCCUGUCGGGUUAAGAUAAGAAUAGGAAAAACUCUCUGUCACGUUUUUAACAGGCUCUUGAAAUUAUUCAAUUUUCAUGAACAAUCUAUUUAGUCUUAUCCCGAUGAGUCUUAAAAUAUAUUUCAGUGGAAUUAUUAGAAGGAAUUUGGGAGUGUUUCUCCCAAAUAACCAACAGAAAUAAUUGGUGCCAUAUUUCGGCGCUCAUUGUAGAUAGCCAAAUUCGCCGGAUGUGAAUGCUGUUGAUUUUAUUUUUUCGACAAACUUCGGAAAUUUGUUGGAACAUCUCAUGUCGCUUGUGUCUACUUCGGUUGGGAGAAUCAAAUUAAAAGGAAUCUCCUCAAUUUUAUGCCUUGCGGAAGUUCCAUCAAAACUGUCUAGCUUACAUAGGACGUUUCAUACAGCAAUAUUAGCAACCCAAUAUUUCGAAAAUUUUAUAUUUUCAUUAAUUCGUUUUAACUUACGAAAUCACUAAAAAGAUGAUAGCUAAGAUAGCUUUCAAAUGGAAAAAGAGAAAAAAGAUGGUUUAGUGAUAAAAUAAUUAGUGGUAAUUAUUAGCCAUUUAUUGGAGUUUACCUAGCUAAAUACUGCGUUAAUUUAUUCUGACAUAAACGACAAAAACAUUUGUCUUCCAGUAUUAAAAAAAUUUACGACUUCUUCCCGACUCAAUUUUCACUGUUUAUCGAAGAUAAAUUUAAAUGACAUUCAAACUAACAUUUCCAGUAGUAAUAAAUUAGCAAAUACAAUAAAUCUUAGGCCUGCUAUAAAUAGAUGGACACAAAAUGAAAUACUUAUUAUCGUUUCGAUGUGUUUUUCUUUUUAACAAACCCAAUGUUGGCACAAGAGGGGUUGAUCAAUAUAACUAAGAUAAACUGGUAGCCGCAGCAAGACCUUGAUAAAAAUCUAAAAACUAAUUUUCUAAUGCGUGAACUUUAGUUUCUAAAAACCUAGUAUUUUUUUGUGUAUAGAAAAUAGUUGGAGAAGUCUGGCAGAUUUUGAAUUACUAUAAAAUCGCGAUUUCAUAGAACAUUUUUAGUACAAAAUCUAUCAAGUACCUGAUAUAAAUAUGAUGUCGGGGUUACACUUGAGAUAAAAUUUAAGUGAAAUUACGUUCCCACUCUUUACUGUUCAAACAACAAACAAAACCUCCGACAUCAGCCAAGCGAAAAACAGAGAAUAAAUAGGCCUUACUAGUAGGGAGACACAUAUAAAUAAAUAAAUCAAUUAGAUGAAUAACUAUUUAAAACCAUUUUCAAAAAAUUUGUUAUGUGAAGGUUUUGUUGUGAGACGAUAUUAGUCAAAAUAGGGAUAUUAGGCUUUCAUAUACUGGUGUUUGUUGCUUCUCAUGCUUUUGAAAGGUAAUGUAAAAGAAAAAUACAGACCCAAAUACACUUCAUCGGGUCUGGCUUUUGAAAAUUUUCAAGUGUGGGGCUACUUGAAGAAUCGGCAUAAUAAUGAUCGAUCUGACAGAAGUUCCUGAUAGAAAACAAUAGACCAUUACAAAUUUAGACCUUUAGAGCAUUAUUUCUUAAAAACCGAAACAAUUUUUGGCAACAGAUGCAGAAAAGAAAUCGCAAGAGUACAAUAAAUACUAUAAACCAAUGCAAUGUGGACAGCCUUGUGAAAGCUAAUAAAAGGUAAUUCACCUAAUAAGGGAUAAAAUAGAAUGGGAAAAUUGAAAGGGAUAAAUAAGUGGAAUGUUUGGAAUUAAGACAGCUGAUUUAUGAUUUGAACAAUGCGUAGAUUUUAGUGCACCCAAAGUAAACGAUAAUAUUACCAACACAAAAAAAAUGAAAUAGAAGAAGAUAAAAACUAUAUAUAUUCAUACAUGUGUACAUAACAAAAUUCUUGAUCCUUUUCUCUGAUAGCCUAGAGGAAAAUGCAGGAAAAGCAAAAAAAAUGUAGACAUUUAAGGAGGGAUAAAUUACGAGAAUGAACGUUUAUCCUUCUAUUGCCUAUUGGGCUUGUUUGCAGUAAUACAAACUUGAUAAUGAUUCACUGUGUACAUCACAACACCCAAAACCGAUAACUCUAACACACAAAAAGUAAUAGCGGUUAGUUAAUGACUAUGAAAAGGUUUUACAUGAAUAUUCCCUAACUGCGUUCCCAUGCAUUUUCUGAUUAUUUCAUAGGUCCUCCAUAGCCAUUUUUCAGUUGCACGACAGCUGUAUAUCUUUUUCCAAAAAGCCGGGAAAGGCAGAAUGUUUAAAAAGCUCAUCGUUCACCACAAGCAAAUCAAAUAUGCAGCAACUUAAUAUUACACAAAACUUAGGAAUAUUUCACUGAUUCAAACCCUUUGCUCUGUCUCUAGAAAAUUCGGUUAAUUUCCGAAAUGUCACACGGUGAAGCCACCAUA